AUGGAGGAAAAGGGAACAGUUUGUGUAACAGGAGGAACAGGAUUUGUAGCUUCAUGGCUCAUCAAAUCCCUCCUUGAACAUGGCUAUUCUGUUAACACCACUGUUAGGCCUCAUGCUUCAGGCAGUAAGAAAGACAUCAGCUUCCUUACAAACCUCCCAAGUGCCCCACAAAAGCUCCGUUUCUUCGAAGCCGAUUUGAGCUGCCCGGAUAGCUUCCGGUCAGCAAUCGAGGGCUGCGUGGGAGUGUUCCACGUGGCACACCCGAUGGAAUUCGACGGUCAACAAACCGAACAAUCCAUAACCGAGCUGUCGGUCAGGGCAACACUAGGCAUAUUACAAGCGUCUCUCGACUCUAAAACCGUUAGACGGGUCGUGUACACGUCGAGCGCAUCCACAGUCGUGGCUGCCCGUGAGAUCGGCUCGGGCAGCUUGGUGGACGAGGGUUUUUGGAGUGAUGUGGACUUUGUGAGAAGCUCGGGAGGAUACGGAAGCUCGUAUUGUGUUUCAAAGACGCUGACCGAGAGGGCAGCUCUCGAUUUUGGUGAGAAGCACGGGUUGGAGGUCGUGAGCGUGGUCCCUAGUUGGAUACACGGCCCUUUCGUGUGUCCCGAUUUGCCUGGCUCGGUUAAGUCUUCUCUAGCUGUCUUUAUGGGAAAUGAGGGUGCAUUCAAAUAUCAUGAAUCGACACCGUUUGUGCACACGGAUGAUGUUGCGCGUGCGCAUAUAUUCCUUUUCGAACACCCGAAAGCCAAAGGGAGGUACAUUUGCUCGGCUGUUCAAGUAACAUUCGACGAAUUGUGGGAACUCGUGUCCAAGAAGUAUCCCGAGUUUCAGACGCAGAGUCGAGAGUGGGUUUACUACGGUUAUCUUGGCUCUUGGAUGGUGAAAAGGCUUCUUGAAGAUGGGUAUUCUGUCAACACAACUUCCAGGCUUGAUCCAGAGCGCAAAAGGGACAUUAGCUUCCUAACGAACCUACCGGGCGCCUCCGAAAGGCUACAAAUCUUCAACGCGGACCUCGACAAUCCCGAAACCUUCAGGCCCGCAAUCGAGGGAUGUAUUGGGCUUUUCCACGUGGCCCACCCACUGGACUUCCAAGAAUCCGAGCCCGAAGACGUGAAGAUCAAACGGGUCACAACGGGCCUGCAGGCCAUCCUGCAGGCCUGCAUUGACGCCAAGACCGUGAGGCGAGUGGUGUACACCUCCAGCCUUUCGGCCGCAUUUCUAGGCGCAACACCGGGCCCAUCGGGCCUUAUCGACGAGAGUUGUUGGACCGAUGUGGAGUUCGUGAGGAGGCAGGGGAUUUUCGGGGGCCCGUAUUUCGUCACCAAGACACUAGCCGAGAAAGCUGCCAUCGAUUGCGCGGACAAGCUCGGGCUCGAAAUUGUUACCGUCUUGCCCACUUGGAUCACGGGCCCUUUUAUAUGCCCGCAUUUACCCGACUCGGUUUACGUCUCCAUGGCCUUGAUUUUCGACGAUAAGACACAUUAUCGGCACCUUAAGGACACGAGUAUGGUUCAUGUUGACGAUGUUGCAAGAGCUCACAUACAUUUGUUUGAGUAUCCCAAGGCGAAAGGUCGAUACCUUUGCUCGGCUAUUGAGAUUACUAUAGAGCAAUUAUGUGAGUUUAUUUCAGCUAGGGACCCUGAAUAUAAGAUGCCUGAUCCAGAAUCAUGGAAGGAUAUAAUACCGCUUAAAGCUUCGGGCCUGUCGACAAAGAAACUUGAGGAAACCGGGUUCGAGUAUGAAAACGGGCUUGCUGAAAUGUUUGAUGGUGCAAUCAAAAGCUGCAAGGAGAAGGGCUUUCUUUAAUUAGAUUUAUUAUCAUUCUUAGAUGUUAUUGUUGGUAUUAUGUAUGUUUUUGUUAUGUGUUAUAAUGUCUGUAUCAGUUGGUUUAUUGCUUGUUGUAAUGUUAUGAGAAAGUCUCAAAAUAUAAUACAUUUGUAUCAUAGUUGGGUUUUUUUGUUAGAUC